GCAGCAUGCUGAGCGCAGUCGCCGCGCGACGCCUCAUUCAAACUUCCCCGAGAGCUGUGGAAGUAGACUUCUUCACCUUCACGUGCACACAGCGGCCGGUGACACAACCGGAGCCAGGCACACAGGACCUACAGCGGCGAGUCCUUCGCUCUUGCGCCACCUCGGAAGUGCAUUUCUUCCACCAGGCCCUCGUGUGUCAAGCAUCAGCAGGGUGAUCCGCUCUGCUCGGCACAUUCACUAAGGAGAUUUAUCACACGCAACCUGAAGAGAUGAGCAGCGGCAAGAAGAUGGAGGACGAGGCGGUGCUGGACCGGGGGGCGUCCUUACUCAAGCACAUCUGUGACGAGGAGGAGGUAGAGGGCCACCACACCGUCUACAUCGGCGUGCACGUGCCCAAGAGCUAUCGGCGGCGGCGCCGCCACCGUCGGAAAGCCGGCCACAAGGACAGAAAGGACAGGUUGACGGAGAACACCUCUGACAAGUCGGACACAGAAAACAACGAUGAGGCCAGCAACAGCAUCCUCAAACCUCUCAUCUCGUCGGCGGCCGAGAGGAUCCGCUUCAUCCUCGGCGAGGAGGAUGACGGCCCAGCGCCGCCUCAACUCUUCACGGAGUUGGACGAGCUUCUGUCGGUGGAUGGACAGGAGAUGGAGUGGAAGGAGACGGCCAGGUGGAUCAAGUUUGAGGAGAAGGUCGAGAAAGGAGGUGAACGCUGGAGUAAACCCCACGUGGCCACGCUGUCCUUGCAUAGCCUUUUUGAACUGCGGACGUGCAUAGAGAAAGGCACCAUCAUGCUGGACAUGGAAGCUUCCACUCUAUCUCAGGUUGUUGAGAUGAUCACUGACAACCAGAUAGAGAUCGGCCAGCUGAAAGCCGAGCUGAAGGACAAAGUGAUGUACACGUUGUUACGGAGACAUCGUCACCAGACCAAGAAGUCCAACCUGCGCUCUCUGGCUGACAUCGGCAAGACGGUCUCCAGUGCAAGUAGGCUGUUUUCCAACCAGGAGAACGAUAGUCCCACCACAACUCACCGGAACCUGACCUCCAGCAGCAUGAACGACAUUUCUGACAAACCGGAAAAAGAGCAGCUGAGGAACAAGUUCAUGAAGAAGUUGCCGAGAGACGCCGAGGCCUCCAACGUGCUGGUGGGGGAGGUGGACUUCCUGGACGCGCCGUUCGUGGCGUUUGUUCGUCUGCAGCAAGCUGUGAUGCUGGGAGCCCUAACUGAGGUUCCUGUUCCCACAAGAUUUUUAUUCAUCUUGCUCGGACCCAAAGGCAAAGCCAAGUCGUACCAUGAGAUCGGCCGAGCGAUCGCCACGCUGAUGUCGGACGAGGUCUUUCAUGACAUUGCGUAUAAGGCCAAGGACAGACAAGACCUGCUGGCCGGUAUCGACGAGUUCCUCGAUGAGGUGAUCGUGCUUCCUCCGGGAGAGUGGGACCCGGCCAUCCGGAUAGAGCCCCCGAAAUCCCUCCCGUCCUCUGACAAAAGGAAAAACAUGUAUGCAGGAGGAGACUCUCAGAUGAACGGAGAUAUGCCUCAUGAUGGAGGUCAUGGAGGAGGGGGACAUGCUAGUGGGGACGAGCUAAAGAAGACUGGAAGGUUUUGUGGGGGCCUCCUACUUGACAUCAAAAGAAAAGCGCCUUUGUUUGUCAGUGACUUCACCGAUGCAUUUCACAUUCAGGCCUUGUCGACCAUUUUGUUUAUUUACCUGGGAACCGUGACGAACGCCAUCACCUUCGGUGGUCUGCUGGGGGACGCUACAGAAAACAUGCAGGGGGUGUUGGAGAGUUUUAUGGGCACAGCGAUCACAGGCGGGGUCUUCUGUCUGCUGGGCGGCCAGCCGCUCAUCAUCCUCAGCAGCACCGGUCCUGUCCUGGUGUUUGAACGGCUGCUCUUCAACUUCAGCAGAGAUAACGAGUUUGACUACCUGGAGUUCCGCCUGUGGAUCGGCCUGUGGUCGGCGUUCUUCUGCCUGAUGCUCGUGGCCACUGACGCCAGCUUCCUGGUUCAGUACUUCACCCGGUUCACCGAGGAGGGCUUCUCCUGUCUCAUCAGCUUCAUCUUCAUCUACGAUGCCUUCAAGAAGAUGCUCAAAUUAGCUCACCACUAUCCCAUCAACGCGGACUUUAAAACGGAGUAUGUCACGCAAUAUGACUGCCUCUGUAUGGCCCCUACUGUUCUAGAGAACAGUACAGACAUCUCUGACGAAGGUACUUCGGUCUGGUUCUUGAACAACACUGGUCUGCCGAUGAACGCCACGUGGUCGUCCCUCUCAACGACGGAGUGCUUAAAGUACAAUGGAGAGCUGGUGGGGAAGGCCUGCGAGUUCGUCCCAGACAUCACCCUCAUGUCCUUCAUCCUGUUCUUCGGCACUUACACCUGCUCCAUGUGUCUGAAGAAGUUCAAGACCAGCCCGUUCUUCCCCACCACGGUGAGGAAACUCGUCAGUGACUUUGCCAUCAUCCUGGCCAUCUUCAUCUUCUGUGGAGUCGAUAUGCUCGUUGGAGUCGACACUCCGAAACUCAUUGUGCCAAGUGAAUUCAAGCCAACGAGUCCUCACCGGGGCUGGUUUGUGCCCCCGUUCGGAGGAAACCCCUGGUGGGUUUACCUGGCGUCGGCUCUCCCCGCCCUGCUGGUCACCAUACUGGUCUUCAUGGACCAACAGAUUACUGCUGUGAUAGUCAACAGGAAGGAGCACAUGCUGAAGAAAGGGGCAGGUUACCAUCUGGAUCUGUUCUGGGUGGCCGUUCUGCUCAUUAUCUGCUCCUUCAUGGGUCUGCCGUGGUACGUAGCCGCCACCGUCAUCUCCAUCGCUCACAUCGACAGUCUGAAGAUGGAAACCGAAACUUCGGCUCCUGGAGAGCAGCCGAAGUUCCUGGGUGUGAGAGAGCAGAGGCUCACCGGUGUCGUCGUGUUCAUCCUCACAGGACUGUCUGUCUUUAUGUCGCCUAUUUUAAAGUUCAUCCCGAUGCCUGUGCUGUAUGGAGUCUUCCUAUACAUGGGAGUCGCCUCUCUCAAUGGAGUGCAGUUCAUGGAUCGUCUCAAGCUGCUUCUGAUGCCAGCGAAGCAUCAGCCCGACCUGGUUUACCUGCGACACGUUCCCCUCCGGAAGGUCCACCUCUUCACCUUCAUCCAGAUCCUCUGCUUGGCCCUGCUCUGGAUCCUCAAGUCCACUGUGGCCGCCAUUGUGUUCCCCGUCAUGAUCCUCGCUCUGGUGGCCGUCAGAAAAGCGAUGGACUGGAUGUUCUCGCAGCAUGAACUCGGCUUCUUGGACGACGUCAUCCCAGAGAAGGACAAGAAGAAGAAAGAGGACGAUAAGAAGACAAAGAAAAAACGAGGCAGCAUAGACAGCGACGCGGAAGACGAGAGAAGUCCUCAUCAUUCCUUGACCGACACACAUCGUGCUGAGCAGCUUCGCUACUACCAAGACAACUGUUUGUCCAGCCCCGAGAUGAGUCCGCUGAAGCCUGUGCCUCAGAUUAGAAUAGACAUGGACCCCGACGACGACGACGACAAUUCAUUCUACUGGAAGAGCAGAGGAUCCGAAACGUCUCUGUAGAGCACCGAACCACCGGCAGGCGACGCAAGACAACUCUGACUUUACAUUAUUGCAAAAAUAUUCUUUUUAACUCCGAAAUCCAAAAGACUUUGUUCUGAAUACGUCACAGAGAAAAGAAGGGAAACGCACCGCAAAAACAAAACAAAGGAAAGAGUCUAACACGACACAAGAAAACGUUCUUUUUCUAAUAGUGAAGCCAUUUUAAAAGCAUUUCUUUGCUCACAGUCUUCUCUUGGUAUUUUCCCGCACAGCUCCACAGUAAACUGAUAAAUGUGACUCCUCACUCUUCUUCUAUGCAACUCCUCCCACAUCACGGUAAACGCUGCAGCUCUCUGACCACGCAUGAAACGCCUCCCUGCUCCUUUUUUAAUAUAUACAUAUAGAAACAAAUAUCUGUGGGAAUUUUUAUAUCAAGUCAUUUACUCUAAUAACAUUUUCCUGUAGCAGGAAAAUCACGUUUAUUUUUUUUGUUUUAUAGCUCUACCUCUUGUUUUAGAUUAAAGGCUUAUUAUGAACAAAUGCAACAUGUUGAUUUGUGAGACAGCGCGAGGGUUUUGAUAUGUUCUCUCUGUCCUGUUGAAUGAUUCAAGAGAUUCACUGUCUCAUAGCUUGUGAAGGAAACGUGUGCAAAUAGAUUAUUUUUAAGUUGAUUAACAGUUGCUUAACAACGCACAUUUGUAUGUGCAGAUGAGGUAAAAUAUUUUUAUUAUCACUUUUUGAUGCAGUUUUUGAUUGAGUCACCGUCUCUUUCUAAUUUUCUGACUCUUUCUUUCACGUGUGUUCACUUCAAAGCUUUUGUUACUCUUUUAAAUCAAAUCAUUUUAUCUUGUGUGUGUAUGUUGGUAACUUUUUCUUAUGUCCUUUGCUGGUAGAAAACAGUUUAGCGAGACUUGAUCAUCUGAUUUUCCUCAGCCAAACUUACUCUAACUAGGAAUGCAUAUCAUAUAAUCGCUUGUGCUGCACAAACUACUUAACCUAAGUGGCUUAUAAGAGAUCGAUCCAGACGGGAACGAUUGUGGUGACGAUGUGACGACAGUUAGGAGAAGCUCUGUGCAGCAGGUUUAUUUCUUUUUGUCUCAGCUUUGGAGUUAUCUGAUGAUGGGAUCACAUGUUUCUUUUCGUUUUUAAUAUAAUUAAAGCCUAUCUCAGUACAGUACUCGCACGCAGCACUGUCUGUGAGUUAUUGGUCGCUGUCGUUCUUCCUGUACAGGCCGUCUCUUUGUAGAGCAACUAAACUGAAACCGGGAAGAAAAUGCAUCGAUAGUUAAGAGUUUAUUCACACAUGCAGAUGCAAAGAGUCCCUUACCAGCCGGACUUUUGCUGCUUGUUUUUGUUGAUUAAACCUUUUAUCCAACUGGACUGUUAUUUUCUCAUGUUGCCAGUAUAUCGGUGCACGCUGAAGUAGUUAUCUCACAAGCUACACUACGUGUUUCCACGCGUCUUUUUUUCUUAUUCAAUUGGAACCUUGAAAUAUAUAAAUAAGAUGAUUUUAUUUUUAUUUUUUUGAUGAAGUUAAACCUUUCUUAACUUCCCAAAGUUUCCCCUGGACGCCUCAUGUAGCCUAUUGGUGCGUUUGAGUAUGUAUGUGUGAAAGAGGCAUUAAUUUAAGUUACCGGUACCCAGACGGCAACCUGCAAACAAGCCAAUGCAGAAGUGUCCUAAAACCUGCAUUCUCUCUACUGUCCAUCAGGGGGCGACUCCUCUGGUUGUAUAGAAGUCUAUGAGAAAAGGACCCUACUUCUUACUUGAUUUAUUACCUCAGUAAACAUUGCUAACUUGAGUUUAGGUCUUGCCAAGAAAAGCAGUGGGAUUCAUAGUAACUCCUUAAAGAGGCCUUCGUCAAAACAAGCGGGUAUCGCAGUCUGGUCGGGUUUUUACGAUCAUUGCUGGUGUCGCGUAUAAACCCAUAGAAGUGUCCCUCUGACAUGGAAAAAAACCCAUCAUAACUUUAAAGGAUACCCACUGGAUUGGUCUGAAGCUUCAUUAGCAUUAACUAACAGAUCAUUUUUUUGCAUGCGAUUGUAAUUAUUGCUCCCCAAUCUUUAUAAUAUUUUAAUAGACUUGUAAAAACCCAAACUCGUGCUUAAAAUAAAACAUCCACAGUUGGAUUUUUAGGACUCAAGCUGCCGAAAUUAGGCAAUUGGAGUAAAAACACUAUUCACUGCAUCCACAGUCCCAUCCAGAAAGAAUGAACCCUCUCAGAACUGUAAUUGGCCAGUAUGACCUUCUGAAGCACUGCUCGUCGUCACAGCACCCCCACUCUAUCUCUACAGGGCCCACCGGAGCACCGUCUCACUUGAAUGUCUGAGCCUUUAGUGGCAGUCCUCUCUGUCUUCCUCACCACUAUAGAAGUCAAAUUAAACUGCGUGAUGAAUGAGCCGCCUUCCUCCUCUGGAAACCAUGUACAUAAAAGGCGCGUCGUUGUUUUUGUUCGGUUUUUCUUCUUCCAGCUCACCAGCCCAUGUAGCGACGUCGUUUAUACUCCAUCAGUGUUGUUAGUCAGCAGCAGCGAGUGGGAACAAGUGUGACUUAAUGUCUGGGACGUGUUUUUAGUGGGAGUUGUUAGUUUAAAGUGUGUCGUACUGUGUGAGCAUGUCGGGACAAACAUCCACAACAUCAAAUGAAAACACGUGUUUAAUGAUCAUUUUAGGGUACGGAAUAAAUACUCAUACCUUUGUUUUGAUUAACUUUUUUGUGACUUUUUAGAAACAGGUGAAAUGGUUUAUUUUAGAAUUUAUAUUUUUCAAAUGAAAUGUAUAUUUGAAAAUAAACAGAAUUCUCAAACAGU